CUGACCGCGGGCAAGGGACUUCCUCUCCUGCCCGUCGGAGAUCUUCAACUCGGCCCAUUCCGUCUACCAUUGUGCCAUUCCUACAUGAGCUUCAUAGAUAAUGAUUUGCUCAGCACGCACAAGGUAUUCGCCGGAUGGAACCGACUUCGAGAUUGUGAACUAGAUACGGUCCUUUUGCCACGUUCCUUAAUUGGAACUCAGUGCCAGGUGGAUAAUGGCCAAAUCCUACGCUUCUUUUUUAUCGCUGGAUUAGUUGGUGGUUAUCCGCGACCAGCACGUGGUGUUGUUAUUGGCUUCCAAUCCAUCACUCUUGGCUUUCAUCUAUCCGGAUCUUCGAACAUUCAUUUCCCCUGUAUUUCCACAUUCGCGGGCAUCUUAGAUGCAUCUAUAGAAUACCAGUUCGUUCUGGUAUCGCAUUCCCAGCUAGUUUUCAAAAAAUCCAGGAAUCAAAUUCCUAGCCUUCAAUGUUGCAUUUACUUUGUCCAAACCAUUCGCUUUUCACUACUAUUGAACAUUCUCAAAUUUUGGAAGAAUGAUGCCAAAGAAGCGGCCCCCGGUCAGCAACCAAAGGUCGAAAGGAAAGUUGACCGCAUGCUGGAUCUCCACAAGCAGCCAACCAAACUUGUAUUCGGAAUGGAAGUGAGUUUGGCCUACCCCGAUAGUCAGCUUGCCAUCCGUACGCUAAAUUGCAAUGAUACUUCUAGACUUUGGCAAGGUCUCCAUGAUGAGUUCUCUCGCCUUCGUUACAUAGUUCCCAACCAGCUCGCAUCUGUGAUCAUAGCGGCUUCAUAUUUUCUACUAAAGGACCAUUUAUGA